UCGUAUCCCGGUGCCCGUGGAGUGCAGACGCAUCGUGCGUGCUCACCUUGUUCGCAAAGUGUGAGGUAGUGGUAGUGCAGCGUGCGUGCGUGAGCGUGUGUGUGUGUGUGUGUGCGCGUGUGUGCGUGUGACAACACCGGAAUCACAAGGCGGCAGUGCGUCUUGCCUCCAUGUAGUGUGGGAUCGAGUUCGUGAUCGAAGUACUCGAGUGCCCAGAAGAUGAGUGACCAGUGCAAAGUGUUUCAGCUUCGGCAAUGAACUUUGGAUUAAUCACAAUAAGAUGGUGACGUCGUUAUCUACAACCUAAGGAGUGAGAGCGACCAUGCGCGGGCUGCUGAUGGUGCUGCUCGUGCUAGCGACGCUCCUGACGCCCCUAGCCCCGCCCGCGCACGCCCUGGCCCUGGACGACGAGGUCGCCGCCAACGAGGUCGCCGCCAACGAGGUCGCCGACGACGCCCCUAGCACGCCGCCGCGCCAGCGGCCGCCGCCCGAGGUGCUGCAGAAGGUGGAGAAGAACCUGCUGUCGCUGUUCGGCUUCAACAAGAGGCCCAAGCCCGUCGGCAAGGUGGUGAUCCCCGAGGCCAUGGUGCAGCUCUACAAGCUGCAGACCGGCAUGGACCUGGACACGGCGGCACUGCCGCUGCCCGGCAGGCUCACCAGGUCCGCCAACACCGUCAGAUCCUUCCCGCAUCAAGUGAGCGGCGUGGACGCGUCGUUCCGGAGGCCGGACCGGUUUCGGCUCAUGUUCGACGUGGCGGGCCCGGGGGGCGUCCCGCGCGAGGAGCGGCUGGAGGCGGCGGAGCUGCAGCUGAGUCGGCGCGCGCUGUCCAGGACGGCGUCGAGGACGGCGUCGAGGGCGGCGUCGAGAGUGCACCUGCGGGUCCAGGUGCACGACAUCGUGCGGCCCGGCGUGCGGGGCGUGCGGCCGCCCAUCACGCGGCUGGUGGACGCGCGCGUCGUGGACGUGCUCGAGGACGGCGACGUGCGGCUGGACGUGCUGCCCGCCGUGCACCGCUGGCUGGAGGACCCCGGCGGCAACCACGGGCUGCUGGUCAGCAUGACGGCGUCCUCCAACGGCAGCGCGGACGUCGCGGACGCGCACCGCCACGUCCGGCUGCGGCGGCACGCCGACGAGGACGUCGAGGAGGCCGAGUGGCAGCGCGUGCAGCCGCUGCUCUUCACCUACACGGACGACGGGCGCAUCCCCGCGCGGCCCGCGCGGUCCAAGCGCGCGCACGCCGCCCACGGCCAGCACGGCCAGCACGGCCAGCACCACCACCGCAAGCACAAGCGGAAGAACGGCACAGAGAACUGCCGGCGGCACCCGCUGUACGUCGACUUCGCCGACGUGGGCUGGAACGACUGGAUCGUGGCGCCGCCCGGCUACGAGGCCUUCUACUGCCACGGCGACUGCCCCUUCCCGCUGGCCGACCACCUCAACUCCACCAACCACGCCAUCGUGCAGACCCUCAUGCACUCCGUGAACCCCGGCGCCGUGCCCAAGGCGUGCUGCGUGCCCACGCAGCUCACCAGCAUCUCCAUGCUGUACACGGACGAGGAGGGCAAGGUGGUGCUCAAGAACUACCAGGACAUGGCCGUGAUCGGCUGCGGCUGCAGGUAGCACCCUCGUAGCCGCGUGGUUUAAGAGUCGGCGUCGGCGGCCGCCGGCACGGGUUCAACUCCGGGCUGCGGCGCAAUUUUUGUUUCUCUCGUCUUUUGAAAGCGACGCGGCGGAGCGCUGCUCUGGCAGCAACGCGUCCGCCUCGUCAAAUGAAGCCAAUGAAUUGUUUAUUUUAAAAAGUAACUAAAUUAUUUUUGUAUAGAAAAAGCAAAAGGAACGAAAAUUUGGAAAAGUGGUCCCGGUGGUGCGGCGACUCUCCCUCCUCCCCUCCCCGUCGAGAAUGCGGGCUUCCAGCCAAAGCCCGUCGGACUUGUUGUUUCUAUCACGAAACGAGUCUUAUCUAAACGGCCUGAGUCGUGAACUGUGCCAUGGCGGGGCCCUUCGUUACAAACCUGUUUAUUUCUUUUUUUAUAUAGUUUUAUCUUUUUGCAUAAAAAAAAUUUGUUACGUUAACUAUCGUAAAUUAACAGACAUGCACACGUUUGCUCGAAAGUGACCGCGUACUGUGCAUGUGGGUUAGCUUACGAUGGAUUAUUUCUUUGUGUGAGUGUGUUGCUCGGGCAGACUAGCAGCCGAGCUGAGCUGCCCCCGCUAGUCUGCUUCCGCGUAGUUUUCCGCGCGGCCCCCCGAGGGUGUCACUGAUUCUCUAUAUGUGCAGUUGACAUAUAAGAUCCCAGUGAGGCCAAAACGCGUCCCGCCUAACGGCUCCGCCUGCCCUGCCCGGCCCUGCCAGCCGUUAGGUGGAAUAGGCUGUGGAGCAUCGGGGGCCGGCGCGCCGCGGCGAGAGCAUGGCCAAGCAUGGCGAGAGCGGGACCAGUGCCGUCGCAAGUGUUUCGCCUCUCGCGUUAAUGCCGUCCGAGGACAUGAAAUAAAAUAUCAAUGUGCCUCCGCAAUUAUUUUAUUCCGCGUUCUGCCUUUUCGCUCUCAAUCGAACACCUUUCUUGCCUUUUGCGAGCCAUCCUCGAAAAACGCCAAUUUGUUAAGACUUGUUUUAUUUUUGGUGAACGACCGUACAAUGUAACCUGUAAGCCGUUAUAUAUAUAUCCCAAAUUCCAAUUUAUGUUAGCAUCAUAUUUUUGUAAUUUGUGAUAUUUGUCAAAGCCAAUAUAUUUUUAGACGUUUCUGUAAAUUGUAGUGUGCAGCAUGCUGAUAUUGUAAUUUGGAGAUUACGCUGUGUAACUCUCCACAGAAUUGUACAUGACUUGUUAUUUAUGUUGUUUAGCCUUAUUUUUUUUAAAUUAUGUGAUGCGAAUGAAGUUAUGCGAGGAAAUUUGGCAGAUCUAGUCCAUCAGCUGAUGAUCAAAACUGCCAAGAGGUAUGCGUUUUAGUAUUAGUUUGAUACGUUGUUGUAUGAUCAACUUCUUUGCCAUGGAGGAAUGAUGUGAGAGAAUAAUCUAAGUAUGUCAAUGUUAAAUAAUAAUUAUUGCCAUAAAUGAAUCAUGGUGCUAUGACAUGGGAGCUGUAUGGCAAAGCGCCAAAUACCAUUAGGCAUUAUGGGGGCUUCCUUGCAGAAAAUAAUCAGGGGACCAUCAUUAAAUCUCGUCAGUUUUUUUUUCCUCAGCCUGGCUUUUACCUUACGACACAGAGGCUGCUUGCUUCGGCCGAUUUUAUUGUCACUUUUUAUUCGAACAGGUGCCUACCAGUGAGUGCAAGUCCUGACUGUGUGAGUGUGUGUGUGUGUGCGUGCGUGCGUGCGUGCGAGUGAGAGUCGGUGUGUGUGCCUGUUCCGACUCUACCUCCCGCUCCGUAUUUGAUUUCGGCUCGGAGCGGGAGUUUUCGUUUCCUUCGGACUGAGUCCAGUUGCCCCUAUUCGUCCUAGACUUGAUUCCUAUGUGUUUUGAAUGUUGUUGUGGCACCCGCCAUACAGACAAGGCAGCAUAUAUUUUGUACCUGUAUUGAGGAAUUUUAUAUUUAUUUGCUGUGUGAAUAUUGUAAAUAUGUGCCGUGUUUAAAAGUGUAAAAGACGUGAUGUAAACCAUGAAUGUAAAAAUUAAACAAAUACAUGCAAAUACUUCAUGUAUUCUACAUUUGUGAAUAUCGCUUGUACAGAGAUUUUGUAUAUAUCAGAUAUAAGUGUAAAAAAUGUCAAUAGAUACUAAGACCCGCAAAUAAAAUCCAUUUUUAUGAAUUAUC